AUGGCGGCCAAAUUCACUUCCGAACCCGAGCUCUCGCAGCUCGACAAGACGCGCAAGGAGAUUUCCAAGCACGUCGCCGCCCUUGGCACCUUCAUCACCCAGACGGUCAAGCCUGUCCCCACCGGUACCGGCGACGGCACCGACCUCAACGAUGACGACUACCACACUGAUGCCCUUGAGUUCGCCGAGUCCAGUCUCGCCGACCUCAGCCACCUGGGCAUCGACAACUACAAGACCCUGUACGACGUGCUGCAAAACCAAAUCACCGGCGAGCUCGUCAACGACAAGACCUAUUUCAUGGAGCGCCUGAUCCAGGCCGCUGCAAAACUCCCAGACUCGUCGCCCAUGGGCAAGAAGCUCACCGACGGCUUCCUGACCCAGCUGUACUCGGACCUCCAGCACCCCCCGCAGUCCUUCCUGUCCGGAGACCUCAAGUACCGCAAGGCAGAUGGCUCCUACAACAGCCUCAAGCACCCCAUGCUCGGCGCUGCCGGCAUGCCCUACGCCAGGACCGUGCAGCCCAAGACGCCGCAGAUGGUCGCUCUCCCCGACGCUGGCGUUGUCUUUGACAGUCUCAUGUCCCGGAACAAGAGCGAAAAACACCCCAACCAGAUUUCCAGCAUGCUGUUUUACCUGGCCUCCAUCAUCAUCCACGAUCUCUUCGACACCGAUCACGACGACUUCACCCGCUCCAAAACCUCGUCAUACCUUGACCUCGCUCCUCUGUACGGCAGCAACGACGAAGAGCUGGCCCUCAUGAGGACUGGCAAGGACGGCCUGAUCAAGCCUGAUUGCUUCUCUGAGGAGCGUCUCCUUCUCUUCCCCCCCGGCGUCGGCGUGCUGCUCAUCUGCUUCAACCGCUUCCACAACUUCGUGGCCAAGAAUCUCGCCGAGAUCAACGAAGGUGGCAGAUUCAACAAGCCCGUUGAGGGGCGAACCGGUCGUCAUGCCAAGACGUGGAAGCAGUACGACGAGGAUCUCUUCCAGACCGCUCGGUUGAUUACUUGCGGCCUCUACAUCAACUGCGUCCUACUCGACUACGUCCGCACCAUUCUCAAUCUCAACAAGACGGACGACAACUGGGCUCUGAAUCCCCGUGCUGAGAUCGACGGUGUCGCUUUGGCAGAGGGAAACCAGGUCUCGGCCGAGUUCAACUUGGUGUACCGCUGGCAUUCCGUCAUCUCGGACCGCGACGAGAAGUGGACCGAGGAUUUGUGGGCCGAACUCUGGCCAGACAAGGACCCGAAGAAGAUGGAGAUGCACGAGUUUCUUCAACUGUUGAACGGGCUCGAGGGCAAGAUCCCUAAGGAGCCUGAAAAGAGGCCGUUCAACAAGAUGAAGCGCAAGGAAGACGGCACUUAUGAUGACGACGAGCUGGCCAAGAUCGUCGUUGAGAGCAUCGAAGACUGCUCAAACAGCUUCGGCGCUCGGCGCGUGCCCGCCGUCAUGCGCGCCAUCGAGGUCCUGGGCAUCGAGCAAGCCCGGGCUUGGAACUGCGCGACUCUGAAUGAGUUCAGGAAACACUUCAAGCUGACUCCGCACAACACGUUCGAGGACAUCAACCCCGAAGUUGCAGACCAGCUAAGGCACCUUUACGAGACGCCCGACCAUGUCGAGCUCUACCCCGGUCUGGUUGUCGAGUCGGCCAAGGAGCCAAUGGUGCCUGGCUCGGGAUUGUGCACCAACUACACCAUCUCGCGCGGCGUGCUCUCCGAUGCCGUAGCACUCGUCCGAGGCGACCGUUUCUAUACUCUGGAUUACCACCCGAAGCUGCUUACCAACUGGGGGUUCGCUCUCGUGCAAUCUGAGAAAGAGAUCGACAAUGGCUGCGUUUUCUCCAAGCUGUUCAUGCGGGCGCUCCCCAACCACUUCAGGCCUGAUUCCGUUUAUGCGCACUACCCGCUCACUGUUCCCUCAGAGAUGAAGAACGUUCUGACAACUUUGGGCAAAGCACACCUGUACAAUUUUGAGAGGCCUCAGUAUAUCCCUCCCUUCCGGCUCGUCUACUCCUACGAGUGUGCUGAAAAGAUCCUCGGUGACAAGGCAACCUUCAACGUCACCUGGGGACCGGCUAUGGAGUUCCUUAUGGGCAAGCCAGCAAAGAACUUCAUGCUUGCAGGCGAUGGAUACGAAAACUUGGAAUCCCGCAAGAUGAUGAAGGACGCUCUUUAUAUUUCUAACUGGCAGAACGAGGUCAAGAACUACUACCUCACCAAGAGCGAAGAGCUCCUGCGAGAGAAAUCGUACAGUCUGGGUGACUCACUCAACCAAGUCGACCUGAUCCGCGAUGUCGGCAAUCUGGUUCACAUUCACUUCGCAGCAGACCUCUUCCUCCUGCCCCUCAAGACCAAAAAGAACCCCCAUGGCCUCUUCACCGAACUGGAGCUGUACAUGAUCCUGGCCGCCGUCUUCACCGUCGUCUUCUUCGACAUGGACCCGGGAGAGUCGUUCAAGCUCCGUCUGAAGGGCCACAAGGCGACGCACGGCCUGGGCAAGGCCGUCGAACUGAAAGUCAGGUCCAUCAAGGAUGGCGGCGGCAUCCUGUCGAAUGCCAUGGCCAGAAUCUUCCCUUCGAAAGAGACGGGCAACACGCUCGAAGACUACGGCGUGCACCUCAUCCAGCGGCUGCUCAAGCACGACCACGAAGUGCCCGACCUCGUGUGGGGCCACAUCAUGGGCACGGCGGGCGGCAUGGCCCCGAACCAGGGCCAGCUCUUCGCGCAGACGAUGGAGUUCUUCCUGACGACGGACCAGGGACGCGCCCUGCUGCCCCAGUGCCGCGCGCUGGCGCUCCGCGACGACGACGAGUCGUUCGACACGCUGAUGCGCUACUUCAUGGAGGGCAGCCGGCUGUACGGCGAGACGGGCGUCCUCCGCUACGCCACCCGCGACGCCACCGUGUCCGACGCCGGCCGCGACCUGCACUUCAAGCCCGGCGACCGCGUCAUGCUGCACCUGCGCGCCGCGUCGCGCGACCCCGACGCCUUCCCGGACCCGGACCAGGUCCGCCUCGACCGCCCGCUGGAGAAGUACAUCCACCUCGGCGCGGGCCAGCACCAGUGCCUCGGCCUGCCCAUGACGCGCGUCGCCCUCACCGCGCUGUUCAAGGUCGUCCUGAGGGAAUGCCCCAACUUGCGCGUCGCCAAGGGCCCGCAGGGCGUCGUCCGGAAGGUCGAGCAGGUCAUGGGCCCGCCGGAGCUCGAGAGGGAGGAGGUCAGGUACCACAAGUAUCUGAUGGAGAUGGGUAACUCGUUCUUCCCGUUCCCGCAGAAUCUGAAGGUGAAUUGGGAUGAUGCUGCAACGCCGCAAGCGAAUGGUGACGCGAACGGGACUUUGUAA